AUGUCCUGUCUGUCUAACAGCGCUUCUGCCUCGGCCGGCAACAACACCAGCACCACCAGUUGCGGUUACAUGCGACCUCUGAUGCUGGCCGGCGGUCCUCAUGUCUCGGGCGCCGCAAAUGCGCCACAUGAUCUCGCCAUGGUCUAUCCACCUCUCGCAUCGUCGACGUCCACCUUCACCGCCUCUUCCUCGGCCGCCGCUGCCGCCGCUCUUCACGACCUCUUCUCGGCCAGCGUCGCUUCUCGUUCCUCGACCGGCCUCGCUCGUGGCUCCUUCUCCGCCGGCAAUUCUGGCGCUUCCAGCCUCCUCUCUGCGCCUUCGCAACAGUCGAUGUUGGCCAGAGCCAUCGCCGCUUUUGCCAACUUCUCCUCCUCCUCCUCCUCCCCCUCCUGUUCAUCUCCGCCCUCGCCCUGUCCGUCCACCACACCUUCGACAGCCUCCAUCGCCGGCUAUCCUUCGCAACCAGCCCACCUCAUCUCACUGGCCUCGCCGUCGCCGUCGCCGUCGCCUUUACCUCUGCCCUCUCCGUUGCGACCGCCUCCCUCCGCCCUACUCAUGCACCCCCUCGGACCGCCCCUCCGUAGGCCCUGCGACGAUUUGCCGCCCCCGCCCCCGCCACCACCAACACCACCACAACCGUCUCCGUCGAUGAACAUGUCCCACGUCACCCCCAACAGUCUGGCCUCUAUGGCCGUCCUGUUGGCGGCCAACUCAUUGGGCUUGGCCUCAGCCAAUCACAGCCGGACUCAUCUUCACAACACCGGCGACGGCGACGCUAAUGCUGGCGUCGUCGACGGCAACAGGCAGGUUCGCACGGACGGCGACGUGGGUCCAGCGUCUCGAGCACUCACGUCCGGCGAGACCGUCUCCUUCUCGAUGCCAGCCGCGCGACAGACACACACGACUGCAGACCCUCUUGGUCUGCCCGGCGGCCCGACGAUCGCCGUCGGCCCGGCCUAUCCGAAUUUGGACGAACUCGACCUUCAGAACGUCUGCUUCCCCACCGGACUCGGACUGCCGUUGCCAGCCGGGCCGGGCUCGCGCCAUCUCGCCGGCCCACCCGGUCUGACCACACCCUCCAUCGCCUUCCAGGCCUACCUCGACCUGCUGCGCAGCCUCGGCAACUGCUGCUAUUCAUCCCCGUUGUCUAAGCCCUGA